CCCCAGGGCUGCCCACCCCAGGAGCCACAGCCGGGCUUCCGCAAUCGAAUUGUGUUUCCCUUGACACUUGUCACUUUUAAUUCUACCCUCCCCCUCCAGGGUGGAUCUCCGGUGAGCGGAGACAUCCCAAAUUGCAGGGAAAUACUGGGGAGAAAAGUGCCCCGGAGGAGCAGGGUCAGUAAUUGUCCGCUAAUGAUGACUGACAUCUGUAAGGCGUUGGCAUGGACCACAAUGAGAAAUACGGUUCGGUCGCCGAUUGCAAAGUAGCAAAGAGCAGGCGACUGAGUGAGGGCUGCUGGGCGAAAGAUGGAUCCCUGUGAAGAUGUAGGAAGGUCCAGUGGUAAAUCUGAGAACCCCAGGGGGAACCAGCGUCAUGAACUUGAAGGACAACAGGCCAGUGGUCCUGAGGCCCCCGAGAAUGAUGCUGCUGAGCUAUGGAGCCAGAAAUGCGAGCUGCGGAGCAAAUUCGUGCAGACCAGCAACAGUGAACAGCAAAAUCGAAACAGAGUUUCUGAAGAACUUAUAACGGUUGUCCAAGAAAUGAAAAAAUACUUCCCAUCAGAAAGACAUGGUAAACCAAACACACUGGAUGCCCUUAACUAUGCCCUUCUCUGCAUACACAGUGUACAAGCAAACAAUGAGUCUUUCCAGAUUCUCAGUCAGAACGGAGCACCUCAAGGUGAUGUGAGCUUGUGCAGUCUGGAGGAGCUGGCCACUAUUGCUUUAGGUCACACUUCCAAAACCACAGGUACCUUUGUGGCAGUGUUUUCAUUUCUCUCUGGAAGGUUAGUGCACAUUUCUGAACAGGCUCCUUCAAUCCUGAAUUGUCAGAAAGAGUUCUUGGAGUCUUGUCAUUUUGUUGAACUGCUUGCCCCCCAAGACAUGAGGGUGUCCUACACGCACACUGCCCAUGCUCAGCUUCCGUUCUGGAACAACUGGACACAAAGAGAGGCCUCACAGUACGAAUUGGCACCAGUGAAGUCCUUCUGCAGGAUCGGCGGAGUUGAAGCCGGGGAGCUGCAGCGGCCUUACUGCCCAUUCCGGAUCACCCCCUACUUGAUUCACGUGCACAGCUCAGCCCUCAUGGAGCCUGAGCCCUGCUGUCUCUUGCUGGUGGAGAAGAUUCACUCGGGUUACCAAGCUCCUCGAAUCCCAGCAGAUAAAAGAAUUUUUACCACAACACAUACUCCUGGUUGUGUUUUUCUUGAAAUAGAUGAAAGGGCCGUGCCUUUCCUGGGUUACCUACCUCAGGACCUGAUCGGAACAUCCAUCCUAGCAUACCUGCACCCAGAAGAUCGCCCUCUGAUGCUUGCCGUGCACCAAAAAGUCUUGAAGUAUGCAGGCCAUCCUCCCUUUGAACACCUGCCCAUUAGAUUUUGUUGUCAAAAUGGGGAUUACGUCAUACUGGACUCCAGUUGGUCCAGCUUCAUGAACCCAUGGAGCCGGAAGGUUUCUGUCAUCAUUGGUCGCCAUAAAGUGCGAACGAGUCCACUAAACAAGGAUGUUUUUGCCACCAGAGUGAAAAAGAUGAGCAAUGAUGACAAAGACAUCACAGAAUUACAAGAACAAAUUCAAAAACUUCUCUUACAGCCUGUUCACGGGAGCAAGUCCAGCGACUAUGGGAGCCUGGGGAGCAGCGGGUCACGGGAGCCUCAGGUCAGCCUCACGUCCUCCAGUGAGUCCAGCGGGUACGGCGUGGAUGAGGUGCCGGAGGCACCGUUGACUUUGCAGCAGAUCUGUGCCAGUGUGAACAAGAUCAAGAAUCUAGGUCAGCCGCUCUACGUCAAGUCAAGGGCCAAGUCAGCAAACAAGCCAGUGUCGGGAACCCACUCAGGACGGCCUGGGGAUGAUCAGAAGACCUCCUCUUCCUUCCAGACAGUGAAAAAUAAUAGCAUGUACACUGAGUCCCGUGAAGAUUUGAGAAAGGUUCAGCGUAGCCCAUCCUAUCAGCAGAUAAACUGUAUUGAUAGUGUUAUCAGGUACCUGAAGAGCUACCACAUCCCAGCUUUGAAGAGGAAGUGUAUCUCCUCUACAAAUACAACUUCCUCAUCCUCAGAAGAGGACAGACAAAGCCACAGAGCAGAUGACAUCCAGGCACUGCAAGCUAUUUCUCAGAUCCCAGCUGUACCUGCAUCAGAAAUGCCCACUAAGGGACAGUCCACAGAUGCUGCUCCAUGGACCCUGAGCACAGUGACUCUGAGCCUGGACACCAGCCAGUGCAGCUCCAGCAGUGUCCUUGUCGACAUCCCACCACCAGACUCAGCGGAAUUGACUCCAGCAGAGCACAUACCGUUGGCCUGUGAGCCCCGGACUCUCAGCACACACCCAGCUCUACUGGCCGCAGAAGCGUUUAAACACUCGGGGCUCACAAAGGCUGUGCUGUCAGCCCACACACAGAAGGAAGAGCAGAGCCAUGUAGGUAAAUUCCGGGAGAAGAUUCUGUCAUCACCCUAUAGCUCCUAUCUUCAGCAGGAAAGCAGAAGCAAAGCUAAAUAUUUGUGUGUUCAAGGAGGUUCUGCUUCCAGGCCGACACGAUCAGCUGGUUGCAAAAAGGGGAAACACAAGCGAAAGAAGCCUCUCGUGUGGUCGGAUGGCAGGAGCGCCAAGGAUCACUUCUGUCCCCACCAGGAUGGACAGCCCUGGUGCCCCUCGUCCGCCUCCUGUCCCCAUGCCUCUGGCCCCUCGCUCCCAGCUACAGUGAUGGUUCCCAGCCCAGCCCCUUGCCUCGUCCCAGCUCUUCCCCUCCCAGCCACGACCUCCCUUGGCAGAGAACAUGAAGCCUCGAUAACUGUACUGCCAAGGCUGCCUGAGCCACCUUUGCCUAGCAGCCUGCAGUAUUUCCCAGCUCUGCCUUCUGCUUACUUCGACACUUUUGUGAACAUCUUCCUGCAUGACCCCUCUCUCUCUCCCCUCUCGUCACUGUCAUUCUCCCCAUAUCCCUUCUUAGGAGCAGCACCCUCUUCCGAAAUACUCUCUUCGGUAUCAGCAGUGGCUCCAAACCUGGGCCCACUGUCUUCAACCAUCAACCCAAGGAGCAGAGAGGAGAAGUGGGAGACACAGAAUGAAGGACACCCCCUCAUCAACUCAGGGAGCAGCUCCGUGCUCCAGCUUGACCUCCUGCAGGAGGACAGGCCCCGAUCCUGUGCAUCCCCAGAAACUGUGUGUGGUGUCUGUGGCAGCAGUGGGACUGAGAUAGAUGGUUUUACUAUCAAGAAACCAUCCAUAGCAUCACUGCACUCGGUGUCUCCGCCAGGAACGGGCCCUGCAGCAUCAGGAAGCAGUGGCAGCAGUAUAAACUUUGCUCCUAGUGAUGAUUCUUCAGAAAUCUCUGAAAAUGGGCAGCAAUCUCAGGACAUACAGAAAAAAGAAACAUUUCCUAAGUUAGCUGAAGAGUCCAUCUGGAGAAUGAUAAAGCAGACACCUGACCGCAUUCUCAUGACGUAUCAGGUGCCUGAGAGGGUUAAAGAAAUUGUACUGAAAGAAGACCUAGAGAAGCUGGAAAGCAUGAGACAGCAGCAGCCACAGUUUUCUCGAGGGCAAAGGGAGGAGAUAGCCAACCUGCGUUCUUGGAUUCACAGCUGGGCGAUCCCUCGGGAAAUAGACACCCAGGGCUGUGUCACCUGCGGACACAGAGACUCAGCUGGUGAUGCUGCAGACCCCAUGGUCCGGAUCCAACAGAAGCAGCAGCCGAGUGACUCUGAAGGACCUGCACUGCCUCUCCAGACCUGUUGGACUGCUCCUCCUCCCUGUGAUUCUCUCUGAACCCUUGCAGCUUAAGUGACCAAGAAGCUGUCAUUGAAUGUUAAGGCUUUCCCUUCUUGAUUUUUUUUAGCAGACAUCUCUUUCCUGAAGCAGACAUUGUAUAUAGAUUCUUUCACUCCUCUUUUUUCCCAAUGUAUUUAAACUGGCGAAUAGACUUUUUCUAGUUUAUUAGCUGUCCUCUAAUGAGACUGGAUGGCCUCUAAAGAGGAGGUCUCUCCGUCCCUGCCAGAGGUCUGAUGGCCACUGUCUUCUCUCUGCCCCUGAAUAAAGGAAAAUGCUUCUCCCUUUCAAGUUUUAUAGCUUUUUAUAAAAUGCUAUAAUCAUAUGAUCAUAAUCAGGAGAAUCGACCUUUCUAUCCUGACCUGAGACUCAAGCCCUCAGCUUAGAUUUACUUUCUAAAGUAGAACAGUUGGCCCUUGGUAUCUGCAGGGUGAAAUCCAGGGACACUCAACGUCCCUUCUAUAACAGGAAGGUUCGCCAGCCCUCUGUACCUGUGGGUUCUGCAUCCAGAGUUCUCUACCCUCCCUAACUCUUCCCACCUCGAUCACAGGGGCCAGCUGUAGUUUCCAGAAUGUACUUCUUUCUUAUAACUGUCAGAACCACUUUGAAAUGAUGACUGUGACUUUUCUAGAAUUUUCUCACUUGAAGCUGUUCCAUGCCCAUAUUCCUAUGUUAGGCUUAGAGAACUCUCCUGUUCUGAUCCACCUUGAUUGUUAAAUGAUCUCUGAAGCCCUCAUUGCUUUGGUCAAGUUGUGUGAUAUUUUUGCCCUUGGUGAAAAAGCAAAUUUCAAACAGUGAACCAGCCUGGAUAUUGUCAUGGAUAGAAUCAUUGCAGCCUUCUGUGCUGAUGACCAUUUUAAUCUGUGUAAAUCAGAAAUGACACGGAGCCGUCAGAGGACCAUUCUGCAUGUCCAUAUGCACUUUUUAAACAUGAUAUUCUCUAGUACAAGCCCUCUUUCAGAUUUCUUUCUGGAUGUUUGUUUUAUUGACAUUUAACUGUUUCUUUGCCUUACUACACAUUUAGGCUCAAAAUUGGUGCUUGUUGUAAGCAGAUCUAUAAAACCAGUUAUAGUUUUGGUGUUUUGGUAAAUAGCUGAGCUGGUAUAUUUAGAAAUGACCAUAAUGCUUCUGCUCCUGGGGAUGAGCAGAGAAGGCUCAACAGUGCUGGCUUCUCCCCACCACAGGGGCUCCACCCAACUAUAAACCGUCAUUUAAGUUUAGUAACUUUUUGUAUUGAUGCCUAUAGAAAUAAGUAAUAAAAAUGUGUACUACAGGUUUCCAUGUUUACAUAAAUGUUACCAAAAGGCUGUGUUUUUUUGGA